UUAGAAUCGUGGUAAACAUAAUCAUCAUAUUCUCAUUCGUACGAGAAAUUGGUUGAAAUAAUAUAUAGCCUCGAGAGAGUGCAAAUACCGAGGGAGUCCAAUCGACGCAAAAGCCACCACAGUUCGAUUAUAAUCACCCUCAUUGCUAUUACUCCGUAGACAUUCCGUUGCGCUGCCUAACGAGAGUAAACAUAACGGAAGCUAAGCGAGUUAUUACGUCGAAGACUUUUGAGGGGUUAAAAAAUUCAUUGAGUGCUCAUAUUGAGGAACGAAUAAUGCUAGUGGGAUUAUUCGCUGUUUGGUCGAGUUUUUAGGUUAGUGUGACUCGUUCAGAACAAUUUGGUCUUGGGACGAUAAGGCACGGUAGGACUGGGUGCUUGCUCUCAUCUGCUCGGACACUUGAUCAUUUUUUUUUUUAUUCAUGACUUUAUUCAGGAGAAAUCCAUUGAGUUCUAUUUGGUGAUGCAUAUCGAGAGUGAUAAUAGACCGAUCAGGGCAAGAGUAGUGCAUGAAUUAUUUUGUUUCUUUACCGUGUAUAUAUCCAUUUAGCUGUGGAACAGUGGAUUAGAAAAUCGAAGAGUGCGAUAACUUGAAGAGUGUGAGACGUUAUUUUCAGCGGAGACUGACUCGAACUCUUUCACUUUGUUAUCAAGAGAUCUAUUGCCAAGCACCCCAACACUCCCCUCCCGCGAAGUUUGCCCUAAACCCCUGUCGCUAUCCCUCAAGCGGCCACGAAAAAAUGCUCCAGACAGCAUUGACAAUCACCCCCGCAGCCCGCUGGUGAUGAUCCCCCCACUUACAUUGGAUCAAAUGUGCUCACCUCAGAUAAAGGUGCGAUGAGUAGUAGUGGCUUCCGAGAACGAGGCUUCGUACCACAGGGGCGUUUCGAGGGGUCACACGCCGGCAACCAGGGGGAUGGUCCUCGCCAGAGCAAUACUCGCGGCUUCUCCCGAGGUUCCUUCAACCCUCCACGUCGAAAUGACCGCCCACAAAUGGACACGUGGCCCCCUCCAAACCCCCAGUCCUUCUACCAACACAACCCCCACAACGCGCCUCAAACCUGGCAGAGUCGUGGACGUUUUCAGGGAAAUUUGAGGCAUCAAUUCCGAGGGGGGUCCAACUACCCUGCCCGCGGCACCCGAGGCUCCUUUCCCCGAGGCACAGCCCCGAACUUCAGAUCCCCGAAUGGCAGAGGAAGCCAGAAUCAAUAUCCCAAUCAAGACUGCAGAUGGAGAUUUCCCUAUCGAGAUUUUCCACCGCAGAACGAGAAGCCCGAGGAUCCUGGACCCCCUCCCCUAGGCUCCGAGGAGGAACGCAGACAAAAAAUAACAGACGCAGUUGACGAACUGAAGCGCAAGCUCCUGUGCAACGAUGGAACCUCCACUGAGGACAUGAACCUCUGGGACGACGACUUCAACAUUCCUGGACCUGAGCCAGGGGAUGAGGGAACACUCAAGGGAAUACCUGAACUGAUGCACGGACCCCCUGAGAUCGCCCUCACCACUAGUGACCUCAAGGACAUUGGAAGAGUCGACGUGGACUCUGGACAGAAGUCCACGAACAUCAACGAGAAUGAUCCCGACUGCGAGAUCAUCGACGUUGCCAAGAGCGUGAAAACAUUCAGUGAAAUAACCAUCCACGACUCUGAGGAGAUACCCCUGGAUUUGCCUGAGAACAGCAAUCCUGAUCCUCAGAUUAAUGCACAGGAGAAUCUCCCCGAGGACGAAGGAGAUUUCACGAACGACGAGUGUUUCCUGAAAUCAAUUGAACUCAAUAACUUCAACGAUGACUUCAAUAUCCCCUCAAAUAACGACGGGAUUACUGACGAAAAUGUAUCAGAGGAUUGUCCAAACCCUUCAGACGCACCUCCAGAUCCAGAAGACGUCGGCGAAGCCCCGAGAAACGACGAAAAAUCCCCAGAGCCUGCAAAACCAAACGACGAUCUCCAGAGUUCCAAUCUCUCAUCGAUGCAUCCAUCCCCAGUGGAAAGAGCUUCUCCUCAUCCGUUUGAACUUCCUCAACGCAGAGAGCCCUCCCCCGACGACUUUGUCGAUCGAAAAAUCUCAAAUAAAUCGAGAAGCGAUGUUAACAGAAACAAACCUCGAGUGUGCCCUGUCGAGUUCACCCCCGAGUCUCUCCCCAACGCUAACUCUCCAACAACUGAAUCCAGAGAAUCCACGAGCCUCCAUAAAUCGCCGCGCAACUUGAAUUUUCCCCAAAAAAUCACCGUCAACAUCAAGAAUCCGUUGGAUAAACGAUUCACUCCACCUCCAUUACCAGCAAACAGAGCGCCGCAACCAGCGGAGUUCGAUAUUCUCCAGCCGCCGCCAGUUUUUGAUCCACGGAAGAAGAACAAAGAGCUGCAAAUUGGCAAUUUAAUGCCGGAUUACAAUGUCAUGUGUCCUGGAGGCUACUCGAUGCCCCCGAUGAUGAAUCUACCACCAGUGGAUUACGGUAUGGGACCUGGUUACAGCUCCAUGACGCCAUUCGUCCCCAUGAACUAUCCCCCAGUCAUUCCUCCGUUGGAUUAUCCCACUCCAUUGGGCCCUCCACCUCCCCUUAACAGUAAUUUGAAUGCCGGAUUAAAUCCCAAUUUGAAUCAAAUUCCAAUGCCCGAGAAUCCACCCCCCGCUGCCAACGAGGACGACGCCUUCAGGGAGUUGAGAAAAGCCAUGGAAUUUGCCCAGGAACUCAUGGGAAUGGGCGAAACUGACGACAUUAAUUUCGAAAAAGAGUGUGAAAAUGGUUUUGAUAAUUUUCCAACACUUCCUGAUUUGCCGCCACCACUUCCACCUCUGCCAGUGCCGCCGGCUGAGGAAGAGAUUCAAAAGAAAUCUAAAUCGAAGAAGAAGAAGAAGAAAAAAGAGACGAGUCAAGAGGUCGAAUCCCCCGAAUUUCCCUCGGUAUCUUCAGUUCUUGGUGACUCCACGGCUGCUCCAGCUGCUGCUUCAGCCCCUUCCAUUCCCCAUCCUCCAUCACCAUCCAUCACUCCUCCACAAACCAUCAGUACAACCCCCCCACCUCGGACCAUCACCACAACUCCCCCAGUAAUGAUAAAGAAGGAAAUCAUGUCUCCAACAAAAGAGGAUCGCCCUAAAGUGACAUUUAACCUGAGUCUCCCAUCGAAAAAAUUGGAGCAAUCAAAUGACUGGAGAGAGCAAGUCGUGUCACCAGUACCAGUGGUUGAACCUGACGUAAAACCAGCAGCAGGUCAAGCCGAAUCUACUAAGAGAGCCGAGAAAUUGGAGAAAAAAAUGGAAAAAGUCGUUGAAAAACCGGAAAAUCAUCCAAAAAAGCAGCUUCCCACCUUGGAUCUGAUGGACCUCCUCAGAUCCUCUCAAUUCGACACACUGAACUUAUUCUCCAGUCCUUCAUCGAGCACAUCUCGUCCCUCCCACACUCCCGAGCCAUCAGAGACGCUGCCGACUCCCUCGACCUCAUCCAAAAAACCACAGGAGGCGAGCUGGAAGGACCGUGUCAUCGGUCGUUUCCUCAAGAUGUCGAAGAACGAUAUUAAAAAUAUGAUAAACAACUCGAAUCUUCGUAAAUUUGACAUCGCAAUGCAGCACUUGGUGAAGGAGAAGAAAUCCUCACUCUCCCUGGAGAUGAGAAAUACGGAGGACGAGAAAAUCAAGAGUAAGGACAAUGUUUACGAUAAAGAGGACUUCAUACAUCAGUUGAAACAAAUACUGGAUCCAGCAGCAACUGUUGAUAUCUCCGAUCUGCCGACGAAUUUUAUCCACCAAUUGAAUGAAGUACUUCAGCUCGAUGUACUUCCACAAGAGGAUAACACUGUUGAAACCACUUUAUCCAACCAAGAGACAACAAAUACACCUAAGAUCGAUGAGUUACGCCAGAGCGAGUCGUCGCAAACGUUAGGGAUCAACGCACCUGUUAUUUCCACUGGCGAUACAUUCAAGUUGGGUAAGAUCGAUAAACGAGUGAGUAAAGACACAACAAAGAGCUUGGCAACUAGCAGUGACUCUACAGUUAAUGCACGUAGGGGUAAACGUUGCAAAAAUCCAACAUUCACUGAUAAUAAUCAGCCAAAUCAGCUAAAUCAUCAGUUUCAUUCACCAGAUUCAAGUUUAUCGUCGCAAAUAUCAGUACCCACUGAAGCUGGUGCAUUAAUAAUGGACGAGUUGGAUGAUAUUUUUACUGCUGGAAUCAACAGAGCGAGGAUGACAACAAAAACAGCGACACAAAAUGCCAAACAAACAUCAGCAUUCACUCACAAUUAUGGAAAUAAUUAUGCUACUAAUUCCAUUAUUUCGAGAAUUGAAACACCAAUUGUGGAUAGAGUUGAUAGAAUAUUCAAUACUGGCAUUGCUAAGGCUAAAGCAGCGUCAAAGAGCGAUGAUCAGAGGAUCAUGAGGUCUCGCAAGGGCUCCAGUGAUCUAGAUUUUUUCCGUAAUUUAACCAAGGAAGAGUAUGAUGCAAGGUAUGGAGAGUCCUCUCACUCUUCUCACGACAAUCCCUACAAAAUAAUGAAUUCGAAAAACAGUAAAAAAUUCACCGAUCAGAUUAAUGGAGAAAGAGAUCAGGAUCCAUUUUUGAGGACUCACACUUACUCUCCUCGUUUGCAAAAUAAUUACGGUGAACAUUCAAAUGAGGAUAUUACCAGUGAUGAAUACGACAGUGCAUCCUCCUCGGGUAGCUCUGACAAUAGCUCUGACGAGCCCAGCAUCGACGUCUCUCGGAUGUUGCGUUUCAUAAAGGAACGAGAGAAAAUGGCCAAGAAGAAGAGUCUCAAUGAGGAGAUUAGGGACGAGGUGACAGCUGAGAUUGAACGAAAACGCAAGGAGAAGCGAGCGCACAAAGCCUCAAGAUCAAAGAAAAAGGACAGGAGAGUAAAACGUCGAAAGGAUAAGCAUCACAAGAAUCGAAAGAAGAAGAAGAAGAGGAAUUACUACUCUGGAGAUGAGGAGACUUCUCAAGAUCGUUCGUUGCCCCUUCUCGCUGAGCACCAAAUUAAGAAAGAACCUGAGGAGGAGGAGAAGGUGGACAGGCGAAAGCAGAUGGCAUCUCCUCAAGUUCAACGUAAGAGACCACUUGUUGGGCCGAAAAGUGCGAUGGCUAAAGCUGCCCUGACGCAUCAGGAAGACCCUAAAGCUCCAACAAUCCGUUCCCCCUCGAUUCUGGGAGCCAAACCGACCCAUCAGCCCAAGUUAUCAGUCACUAAUUUAGCCUCCGGUGCCAGCAAUCCAUCUCCAACGAUCGCAUCACCUUCUAAACACUCACCAGCUCACUCAUCCCCCACGAGUUUGAGCUCUAGCAACUCUCAAAAUCCAAAUCCAUUCCUGAAGACGAAAGCACAGCUCAAGCAGAUGCCGGAGGUGGUGAAGAAGACUUUUGAGAGACCGGGGGGUGCUGAGGCCUUCAAGAAGAGUCUGGAGAGGAAGGGACUCUCUACACCUCCACACCAGGUGAGGCCUAUGGCCGAAUUGCUGGGGAAAAAUGCUGGAUUGGAGACUGAAAGUUUCGAUCCUACUGUUACUGUGAAGGUCGAAACUGUUAGCCCGACUAAACCAGCUUCCCCUCCUGUCUCUUCGGUUUGGGGACCAUUGCAGUCGAGUGCUGAAGGCCUUGGGAAGAGUUUAGAUAGAGUUGAGAGUAGAUCACCUCUGACUGUGUCUGAACCUGUAGAAAGUGCCAGAUUUACUUUUCUUCAAAGGAAUAAACUCGUGGAGGACACAGCAAUUAGUUUAGCUCCAUUCGUUCUUGAUAAUGCCAUUUCUCUGAGGAUGAACAGACCUCAGGAAAGUCCUCAGCAAAUUUCUUCAGGGACCAGCGAGGCUGAAGGGGCGAAGGGCGGUUCUAGACCGAAGAAACUGGACUUUAAAGCGUAUCAGGAGAGGGCGUUGGUGAGAAAAUUGCGAGCUGAGGGGAAACUUCCACCUCUGCUGGAGAAAAUUGUUCCUGAUGAGAAGAUCCAGGAGAGAUCUGAAAUUAAUCAAGUCUCUGGUGGUUCCACGUCUCUCAAUGAUCCUGUCGCUUCUGCCGCCCCUUCUCCACCAGUUCUCGUUAAAGAAACUGUGACCAAGAAUUAUUUGCCUUCUGAAGAGGCAAAACUCGGGGACAAACAGAGGGAUAAAGUGAAGACGAUGCAGAAAUCUGCCCAAAUUCCCAGUUCUAAGGAGAAAGUCAUCGAUCAAUCGGAUGUGCUCAAAGGAAAAGUUUCACCUCCCACCGAAGCUAAGAUCAACGCUAACACUGGUCGAUCGAUUCCACCCGGACCACUGAGCUCUAAACGUCGAAUAAAUUCUGGUGAAAUUUCGAAAAGAGAGCACAAUGUAUCUUCACCAGCUACAGAGGGGAAUACCUCCUCACAGCCACAGAAAUCUGUGGAGAAAUCUGGAAUAGUGGAACAGGAAAAGUCUUCACAGCCACAGAAAUCUGUGAAGAAAUCUGAAAUAGUGGAACAGGAAAAGUCUUCACAGCCACAAAAAUCUGUGAAGAAAUCUGAAAUACUGGAACAGGAAAAGUCUUCACAGCCACAGAAAUCUGUGAAGCAAUCUGAAAUAGUAGAACAGGAAAAGUCUUCACAGCCACAAAAAUCUAUGAAGAAAUCUGAAAUAGUGGAACAGGAAAAGUCUUCACAGCCACAAAAAUCUGUGAAGAAAUCUGAAAUAGUGGAACAGGAAAAGUCCUCACAGCCACAGAAAUCUGUGGAGAAAUCCGGAAUAGUGGAACAGGAAAAGUCCUCACAGCCACAGAAAUCUGUGGAGAAAUCUGGAAUAGUGGAACAGAAAAAGUCCUCACAGCCACAGAAAUCUAUGGAGAAAUCUGGAAUAGUGGAACAAGAAAAGUCCUCACAGCCACAGAAAUCUGUGAAGAAAUCUGAACUAGUGGAACAGGAAAAGUCCUCACAGCCACAGAAAUCUGUGGCGAAAUCUGAAAUAGUGGAACAGGAAAAGUCCUCACAGCCACAGAAAUCUGUGGAGAAAUCUGGAAUAGUGGAACAGAAAAAGUCCUCACAGCCACAGAAAUCUAUGGAGAAAUCUGGAAUAGUGGAACAAGAAAAGUCCUCACAGCCACAGAAAUCUGUGAAGAAAUCUGAACUAGUGGAACAGGAAAAGUCCUCACAGCCACAGAAAUCUGUGGAGAAAUCUGGAAUAGUGGAACAGGAAAAGUCCUCACAGCCACAGAAAUCUGUGGAGAAAUCUGGAAUAGUGGAACAGAAAAAGUCCUCACAGCCACAGAAAUCUAUGGAGAAAUCUGGAAUAGUGGAACAAGAAAAGUCCUCACAGCCACAGAAAUCUGUGAAGAAAUCUGAACUAGUGGAACAGGAAAAGUCCUCACAGCCACAGAAAUCUGUGGCGAAAUCUGAAAUAGUGGAACAGGAAAAGUCCUCACAGCCACAGAAAUCUGUGGAGAAAUCUGGAAUAGUGGAACAGGAAAAGUCCUCACAGCCACAGAAAUCUGUGGAGAAAUCUGGAAUAGUGGAACAGGAAAAGUCCUCACAGCCACAGAAAUCUGUGGAGAAAUCUGGAAUAGUGGAACAGGAAAAGUCCUCACAGCCACAGAAAUCUGUGGAGAAAUCUGGAAUAGUGGAACAGGAAAAGUCCUCACAGCCACAGAAAUCUGCGAAGCAAUCUGGAACAAUCGAACAGGAAAAGUCCGCUAAGAAAGGAAAAAUUUCACUGAAGAGACGUAAUAAAUUCAAUAUUCACUUUCGACUGUGUAACAGAGUUAGCAGCGAUGGUCUGCCAGACGUAGUUCCAGUGGAGGGUCUCCCCGACCCCAAAAUUCAAAACUCGAAUCUUCAACAAGAGGGAAUAUCUGAAGAAGCUGGAGAUACGGGUGCUCCAGAGUUUGUAAAAGCACCAGAUAACGUGGAUUCAGUAUUAAAAAUGACGAUUGAUGGUGAGUUUGACGAAAAAGAAGCUGAAUUAUCCUCAGAAAGAUUGACAGGAGUUGUUGAGACCACAUCAACCCCUGAAGAAGCUGCAACGUCCGAGCUUUCAUCCACAAACCCAUCAGAACCGUUGAAGUCUCCAUUUGAGGAUCCACUGAGUACUUACGACCCAUCAGAGAAACAAAUAUUACCAGUGACGACAAGCAAUCCUUCAGACAUAAUUUCACAGCUCGAUGUGACGCCUGAGCUUCUCAAAAAUGAGGGAAUCAAGUCUCUGGAGCUCCUGGAAGCUCCAGCACAACUGAACAACGAGUUGCAGCUUUCCACAAAUGUCCCAAAGGGUUUACAAGAUACGGAUAAGGUUCAUCCAGCCUCAUCAGGGAUUACUGCAAACCCUCAAGACUACACAGCACAGGAAGAGACAGAGAAUCGGUUGGAAGCUCUAAACGACUCCCUGAUCGAAGCUCCAGGUGAUUCUCUCGGAGUUCAUGAUGCAUCUGCACCCUCAAUAUCCCCUCUAGAGGUUCCUCCAGCCCUUCAGAGUCUCCAGGAAGAGGCUCUGCCUCCAGAAUCACUGAAUUCACCUCGAGAACCCCAAACCUCAUCGAUAGAAAAUUUGAAAGGCGUUGAUCUCAAUGAGAGGAACGAUUUAGCUUCCCUGAGGGCUGACGAAGCCACCUGGACGGUCGAUCCUGAUCAUUUAGGUCCAGAGGACCUCCACAAUCUCCAAAACAUUCCAGAUUCAAAGGAGGAAGAAGCCUCCUUCGCUGAGUCUCACACAAAUUGGCAGUUAGAAGCUGAAAUAUCAACGGAGGAAGCAAGGAAGAAUGUUGUCCUCCAUGACAGAGCUCUGGUGGUGGACACUCCGAGGAAUUCUCUGCUAGACGAUCCAAUAGCCUUCGCCACAACUAAUAAUUCUCCAACGAAUGAGGGAGAAGCUACUGAUGAAUUUGGAAUUCUAUGUGAGAAUGACAUUGAGGGCUCGAUCUAUGAGAAUCAGCUGGCGGAAACUUCACCUAUUGAUAUGAUUAAUGACUCCUCACUACCUUUGAGAACUUCAUUCACCCCAGAUGAUGAACUCGUGGGGGGACUGGAUAACGACGAGGAUUUGGAUCAGGCGAAUCAGGUGGCGAUUGUGGUGAGGGAGCUGAUGGAAGUGGGGAGGAAGGCUUCUCCUGAUAGACUGCCUUCUUUGAUUCUUCAGGGGAUGAUUAGGGAGACUGAGGAGGAAGUCAAGACGCCUGAGCAAGGAGAGGAGGGUGACGGCACUGUGAAUAUCACUGGGGAAGGUGUUAAAAUCGUUGGAGAGGGUGAUCAAAGUACGAAAUUGGAUGGAGAAUCUGCUGAGAGCCAUCGAGAAGUGGAAGACACUCCUAAAGUAACUGAAAAUAUUACUAAAACUCUGGUGGAAGUUGAAAAUAUCCAAACACUUGAGGAAGCUGGAGGAACUGUCAAAAUUACUGAGGGCGAUGAUAAAACCCUUGAGGAGGCGGAGGAAGAUAUUAAAGCUCUGCAAGAAGCUGAGGAAAAAGAUGCUAAAGCACCUGGAGGACAUCAGGCACUUGACAGUUUCGACGCGAGUAUUCCAACAGCCGAUGAAUUUGUUCGAAUGCCUGAGCUAGAGGUAGAGCCCCAAAUGCAGAUUCUAGCUCCUGAAGAUGUUGAACAUUCGCUGAACUCUUUGGUAACAGAGGAAUCUCCUACUUCUCAAUCCACUGACAAUCAACUGCCAAAUUCAUCGAGAAUCGAUGAUUCCUCUGCGGUCACUAAAACUGAAACAUCUUCGGGAAUUAAAGAGGGAGAGGAGGUCAUCGAGGAAGAAAAAUCACAGAAAACAGUGAAUCAACAGGAUGAGAAGUCGAAAUCAACUCAACUCUCGGAGAAUCUUGAUAACAGGGUAGAUAUCGAUUCACCAUCUUCUUCGAGACCUUCCCCUACACCCUCGGAGCCGUUACCCACUCCAUCAGGACCCUCACCACCUCCAGAGACCGCGAAACCCGAGGAGAAAGACAAAUCGAAGGACUCAGCCCUCGAAAAAUCGAAGGAUCGUCAUGCAAAGAAGCAAAAGGACGUCGAUCCCCUGAAGAAGCUCAACAAAUUAUCAACAUCAACUCGUGAACGAAAGAAGCACAAGCAUCACGACAAGAAGAAGUCAAAGAUUACUGAGAAACGAGUGGAAGAGGCGAUAAAAUCAAAUAUCGUUGUGGUCUCUCAGCCAACAACGAAGAUUGGGGUGAUGGCGAGGAUGAGGGAGAUUGACAUCGCCAUUCAGAAUCUCAUGAACGAGAAGAUGACACUCUACCAGAUGUUACAGAACGAUGAGUGGCCGAUCCCUCAGGCUGACGUCCCUGAACAGUCGUCAGUGAUCGAAGAAAAACCGAAAGCCAAAUCGGACGAUCCAGAGGAGAAAUCAAUAGUUACGAAGACACCAAAAGUCAUUGUGUCUCGAUUGCCUGACGUGUUAGAAAAUGAACAGUCCAAUACGUCUGACACUUCAUCGAGUAAAUGCGUGCCUUCGGAUGUGACUCCUAACGACACUGUCAAGCCCCAGAAAAAUUCGAAAAAUGAGGAGAAACGUUUACCAAAUUGGGAGGACAAAAUUCCUCACAAAGCGAAGAAGCGAGGCCACAGUAAAGACGAUACUGAAGUCAUCAAACCCAAGGAGGCGAGGAGAGAAGGCCCAGCGGACUCUUCCGUCUCCAAAGCCUCCGAAGAUUCAAACAGCAAAAAAGACAAAAAGUCAAAAACUCUGGAGGAGCCAGUGAGGAAACCUGUGAAGCUGUCGCAAUUGAUUGCUCGUGACUUCAAGCCUAAACCAUCGGUUCCAAAAGCGAAAUCUUCGAAUGUCAGCGAGGAAAGAGGUCGCGAGAGUCGAUCGAAGAGUCUUGAGAAGUCUUCGGCGAAACAUAAAAAUGUUUCUUCUCAUGUGGAGACUAACGAGAGUUCGGAGGUGAAUGCAAGGUCUGACGAGAAGAAGAAGAGGAAGAGGAAGAAAUUGAGUAAAGGAGCUCCAGAGGGCCAGAGUCUUCUUUAUUCUGACGACAGUACUCUGGAUUCUGUUGAUCGAGCUGCAAGUGAUCAGAAGAAGGCGACGGGUUUGGCCUUGCUGGAAGAGAGUAUGAAGCGAGAAGCCGGAAUGAAGAAGAAGCAAGACUCGAAGAAAUCGAAAGAAACCACUGCUGACGACGACAACAUCGACUUCCCCAAAUCAAUUUCAUCCAAGAAGAAACAUUCUCAGAGAAAGUCCAACACUCACGGAAAGAAAUUGACGACUUCUGAAGCCCCAGAAGAUUCUAAAAGUAAGAAACAUGUUCUGGAAGUUAUAGAUGCUGUCGCUAAAAAUCGAAUUACCAAUGUUCAAAAGCCCGGAGUGACAAAAAAACAGGAGAAAACCGAAAAAACCCCUGAGAAAGUGCCAGAGGACGUCAAGAAAAAAGUUAAGGAAGAUCCAAAGAAAUCUCAAGAAUCGAAAAUUGAGGCGAAAGCCCAAAAGAAAAUUGAGACAAAAUUGAAUCUCAUUGACUCUGAUUCAUCCGACGAAGAUGUUCCAAAGCAAGAAGAGUCGACUGGCCCCGCCGAUGUCAGGACCCACGUUAAGACGCCCUCCAAACGUCUUGAAGACUCUAGUGAUGAAAAAGAGAAAGAGAAAGAGCCUCAAGAGCCUAAAAAACCGGAGGGACCAUCAGAUUUGAAAACCUCAACCUUGAAAGCCGCAAUAUUGGACGAUUGGUCAGACACUUCCAGUUCCACCUCCUCGAAAGGUCUGCAGAAGGACAAGAAAACGUCGCAAACCUCCAAACCAAUCGUCGAGGAAUCUGAGGACGAAGUCAAAGGGAUUUUGGAAUCGGAAAAGAUUCCAAAAUCAAAGCAAACUGAUAUUAAACCAUCGAGACCAGAAAAGCCAGUGAAAUCAAAAUCAAAUGCAAAAGAUUCAGACAAAAAAUCGACUUCAAAGGAGGCCGAUAAAGUAAUCCCAUUAGAAAUGGAAAAAUCCAAGAAAGAUGAGAAGGAAAAACCCAGAAUUCCCUCGCGAGUGGGAGAUGAGUCUCCAAUUGAAGGUGACGACGAGGACGAGGACAUUUCCAUAAGACGAAAGGGCACAUCUAGGAGAAGUAAAAAGCUGAGCAACAGGAGAAGCAACAAAUCCUCCUCUCGAAGUAGAUCCAGAUCUAAAAGAGCUCUGCGAUCAAGUUCACGAGAUUCAUCACCGGAGAUUGACAAAGUGAAGAAGCGACCGCGCUCCGGAAGCUCUACGAGCUCAAUACGCAGUCGAAGGAAGUCUUUCACCUCCAGAACUGAGCCUCACCUGAGUAGACACAAAAGAAAACGACAAUUCGUGGAGAGGAGUCGAGAAGAAAUGAUGAAUUGCCGAGUUGAAUUGAUUGACUGCAAGUAUUUGUUGACUUUACGACCUGAAGCUCAUCCUCAAACGUUUAGACGACUCGGGAUAUCUAGGAUAAAUCCUUGGACACCGCCUAAAUGUAUGGUUUUGAGUGAUGAGAAGAGCAGGAGUGAGGAUGAUUAUCAGUCGAUGAUUGUGGUCGAGAUUGACGAUAACGUCGGCAGUUCAUCGGCGGUUGAAUUGAUUGAGGAUGGAGUCGAUCCUGAGGAGGAUAAAAUGUCGGACAAGUCGGUCUGUCUGGGAUUCCCAGUGUCCCCUAGGGUCGAUGAAUUGGCGAAGGACAGGAGGGAGGAGCAGGCGGAAUUGGGGGAAAUUGAAGAGACUGAGGUGUUGGGAAGGAAAGGAAGGGAGGGGGUGAGUGAAGGGGAUGUUGAGGUAAUUGAUAUCAAGGAGGAACCCAUCACGACACCGGACAGUAGCACUGAGGAAGGCUGUGGUAAUGGUGGGGAUGAAGUGGUGGAGAAAGAAGUGAAGAGUAGUGAGAAGGAGGGAGAGCUGAAAGGGAAUAAUCAAGAGCCCGGCGAUGGUGAGGGUAAAGGGGAUGAUGAUGAGAGGGAGAGGAUGAGGUACAGUGCACACAAGGGACCCAUUCUCGAUAUUAAGGUAUUUGGCGAUUCUUUCCUGGCAGCUAGUGAAGACGGCGCAAUCUACAGAUACAGUCAAAAAUCAAAUGGAAUAUUGAACAUUUACAAGGGACAUGAAGCCGCUGUUACGUGCCUUUACGUACAUGAAAUCCCAGGGAUUACAGAGAGCAAAAAGUGGUUCCUUUUUUCUGGGUCACUUGACGCUAGUUUACGUUGUUACGAUGUCAUGGGCGGGAUACUGAAUCGUCCUAAAGUCACAGUUGGGAGUCCCAUUCAAUGCAUGGAUGAAGCCUGGGGAAGUAUCUUCAUUGGAACUAAAUCGGGCCAUAUUUCACGUUAUGACAUCAAGACCGGAAGUUUGAGGGAAGACAAAUUAGAUUUUUCUGAUAAGCCAGUGCUCGCUUUGCGAGCGUCGACUGAGGGCCCACGAAAAAUCCUGAUCGUUGCCUCUCGCAACCAACCAAUUACUAUUCGAGAUGCCCAGAGUGGUCUUUUCCUCAGGACAAUAGCUGGACAGCGAACUCAUACGGUUUACAGCCUUAUGAGGGACAGAAAUCUCGUCUACUGUGGAACGAGCAGCACUUCCAUUCCUGUAUUCGAUUUCAUUAGUGGAGAGCAGGUGACGCAGUACACAGCUGGUGUUGGUAUUGUCUGUAUGAGGCUUUAUCAGCAAUUACUGUUUGCGGGCUGUUAUGACGGGAAUAUUUACGUUUUUGAUACCAAGGAACCAAAGUUGAUUUGCAGCAUCCCAGGCCCUGGAAAUAUGUUGCUGAGUAUGGAAAUCAUCGACGAGACUAUCAUUGCUGGGAGUAAAGACCGACAAUUGCACGCAUGGCGUAUGCCUCCUUCAGUUCGUACAAUUCUCCUUGAGAGAACCUAGCAAAUGCUCAGAGAUCAUAAAUUUAAGUGCCUAGAAAGUCUAGUCAAACGUAUAAAGACUCAGAAAUUGAAUGCAGAAAUCUAAAAGUUGAUAUGCGUCUGCCUGACACAGAACAAAUCGUGAAAAGUGUAUGAUAGUAUAAAUAUUGCACAUACGUCUUAUUUUUUUUUUUUUUUUGUACAAAGAUAAGUCAACAAUGCUGAAAAACACCAUGAAAUGUAAAAACCAUUGUUCUCUAAUAGUCGUAAAAAUGUUGGUUUAUAAGUUCAAAAAAAUCGAUAUAUUAGUACAGUAUUGUUUCGUUCAAUGAUUUUUCCCCUCUGAGAGGAAAAGAAAAAGAUGGAGGUAAUAAAUAGGAGUUUAUCUAUUUAUUAUAGUGCCAAAUGUACCGCUAUUUCUGUUUCAUGUUCAGCAUGUUUAUUUAGUGUAUAAUGUGUUGAAAAUAAACUUAAGACAAAAGUACAUGAACAUGCUUAGAACUAAGGGUCCACUAGCGAAAAAUACGAAUGGGAAUAACUAUUAGUAUAAUUUUUUUUAUGAAAAAUUGUCAAAAUUAUAGAAAAUUUACAUUGAAAGGGAUUAAAAUUAUUCGCCACAUACAUUGAA